AUGGCUAACGAAAUGGAGACGUUUGCCGCCCGUCUGGCUACCUUUGACCUUGUUCUGCACCCAGAUAGGCGGUCUUCUAGCUCAAAAUCCGCGAAGCCGAUCACAUGGCCGCACCAGAGACCUUCUCCAGCUGAGCUCGCACAUGCCGGUUUCUUCUACAAUCCUUACGAGACGAAUCCAGACAAUACAACAUGCUUUCUAUGUCGAAGGGCUCUCGAUGGUUGGGAAGAGGAGGACAACCCGAUUACGGAGCACUUAAAGCAUGCGAAGGACUGCGGAUGGGCUGUUAUGAUGGAUAUUCAACAGCGUAGCUCGAAUCCAGCUGAAAUAGAAGACCCGACCAGUGAAGCCAUAGCCCAGGCAAGGCUGACAACCUUCGGUGAAUCAUGGCCACAUGAUGGCAAGAAGGGCUGGCUGUGUCAGUCAGACAAGAUGGUUGAAGGCGGAUGGUAUUUCUGCCCGAACGAAGAAAGUGCAGACCUGGCGAGCUGCGCCUACUGCAAGUUAUCGCUCGAUGGAUGGGAGCCCAAAGACAAUCCAUUCGACGAACAUUACCGCCGUUCAUCUGACUGCUCGUUUUUCGUAUUUGCAAAGCCUGCCAAGGGGAAGGGUACACGAUCUAAAAAGGGCCGUACCUCAAAGGCUUCCCGCCAGUCAACUCAGUCUACUGCGUCUGAAAUUUUGCCUUCAGACGUUGAGGAUCAACUGGAUCAAAGUGUGUCGUCCCAGCCAGCCAAGGCCAAAUCCACGAAAAAGUCAUCCAAAUCGAAAUCAAAAACCUCCAAAUCCAAGAAGGACGAGCCUCGAGAGACGGAGAGUCAGAUGGACGUCGAUGAGGCCGAAGACGCCCAGCCGGAAACCUCAAGGCCAAAGCGUAGUACACGGGGAAGAAAGCGAUCGAGUACCGAGCUGGAUAAAGACACGAUGAGCAUCGACGACGAAAAUACCAUGGAUCAGCCAGAACCACCCUCUAAGAAGAGAGCCACGAAACGGAGUACUAGUCGUGCUCGAGCGCAAAGCAUAAUGUCCACCGAUAGCGUUACGGAUGUUCCUGGCUAUGAGAGUGAGGCCACACACGAUGAAGAAGGUCAGAAAACGGGCCGUGGAAGGAGCAAAAAGAAGACAGCGAAGGGUCGCAAGGCGUCUUCUACUUCAAAGAGCGCGCCAAAAUCCCGCCUUCCUCGAGAUUCAGAGCUUGAGGCGGCGAUUGAAGCCGGUCUCGAAGGGGACGAACCUCAAAAGGACGAACCACAAAACAUGGAAAUUGAAGAUGUGAACACCGAGAAGACCACAUCCAAGCCUGGCCCUAAGAAAUCGAAAUCUAAGAAGAAGAAUGCAAAGAAGGACCCGGAACCAUCCAAUGAUGCAGUUGACCAACGAAUGAUCGACAAUGAUGCGGUAGCUGAGCAGCAAGAUCCUGAACCUGAGCCCGUGCCUGUCGAAACGCAAGCCAAACGUCGCAGCUCAAAAAACACAGCCGACCAGCCAAAUACCAUUCCUGACCAGCAGUUGGAAGCACAAGACGUUGAAGAAGAGGAUGGUCGUCGGAAUGAAUCAUUUGUCUCAGUUGAAAUUGUAUCAAAACCUCUGGCGGAAUACUCUCAAGUAGAAACAAACGAAAAAGAGAGCAAAAAGACCAAGAAGAAAGCAUCCUCGGAGAAGACGAAAAAGUCCAAGAAGGGUGACAAGGCCGACAAGAAAGCAAAGACCACAAAGACAGAAGAGACAGAGAUGGCAGAGGUCGAAAGGGCCCAAAGGCCUGACAAGCGAGAGAGCGAGCAGCCUGAAGCUGAAGCGGAAGAGCAGUUGCCUCAGGCGUCGCCGUCACGUACGCCAGAACCAAGCAGGCAGGAACAUGUGGAAAAAGAACCCUCGCGCCGCAGAUCCUCUAAAGUGCCUCCGAAGACAGCUGAGAGGUACAGUGACAUCUCACAAGACAAGCAAUACGCCCGUUCCGUUGCAUCCGAUAGAUCGCCGGAAGACACUCGUUAUAGUAAACAGGACCAGCAAGAGGAACCCGUGUCUCCGCUGCCGUCUGCUUCAAGGGGAACUCCUUCACUCUCACCCCAAUCCUCUGAUGCUGAGAACCAUCCGCCUUCCAUGAAGGCGUCGGCGCCUCGGGCCCAGCUGUCGUCCCCAUCCAAAAAUACAUCUGUUAGAUUUCCUCUGGGGACGAGUACUCCCUCUCCUUCAAAGCGGAAUACUUCACCAGGAAAACUCAAGUCGUCUCAUCCGUGGGUUCCCAUCGAUAUCGAUGAAAUCCUAGUAGCCAGUUUGAGCGAUAAGGAGAAUACCGGUCUGCAGAGUGCGUUGGGCAACUUGAAAGGGGAAUUGGAAACUCCCGAAAAGAAAAUGACAGUAGAGGAAUGGAUAAUGUGGAAUGCAAAGAACGGUGAAGAGAGACUUAAGCGAGAAUGCGAACGGCUAGUUGGGCAGUUUGAGAAGGAAGGCGCGCGAGCAAUGCGCGCAUUGGAGGGGAUCGAGUGCGUAGAUUGA